AUGGUUGAAGCAGCAUCUUACAAGCAUGUAACUAAGAAAGUAGUAGCUAAUUUUCUGAGAAACUACAUUAUCUGUUAUUUUGAGGUGCCAGAAACAUUGAUCACUGACAAUGCAAAGAAUUUCAAUAAUGACAUAGUAGAUGGAUUAUGUGAGCAAUUUAAGAUUAAACACCGAAAUUAUAUAAUCUAUAGGUCUCAGAUGAAUGAAGCUGUAGAGGCCGCAAAUAAAAAUCUGAAGAAGAUUAUUCACAAGAUGAUGGAAAGACACCAUGAUUGGCAUGAAAAGUUACCUUAUGCAUUAAUGGUUUAUCGGACUACAAUCAGAACUUCUAUUGAGGCAACGCCUUACUCUCUCAUGUAUGGAAUGAAAAUGGUAUUACCCGUAGAGGUUAAGAUCCCAUCCUUGCGCAUUUUGAUGGAAAUCCAGUUGGAGAAAGCUUAA